AUGAGGAGCUCAAGGCUGUCGAGGCUGGCGCGCCUGGCGCAGGCCCGUGCGCAAACCAACUCAUCCAACGCCGCGGGCACGAUCAAGAUUUUUGAUGUCACAGGACAGUCUCUGGGCUCGAGGAUGGCUGGCUACGCGGCCCUGGCCGCAGCAGGCCGCAUGGGCAGCUCGAACAUGAUGCCCUUCAGUGUAGCGGGCGUGCGCUCCAUCUCGCUGGCGGCGCUGGAGCCAAGCGACCGCUUUGUCCCGCGCCAUAACAGCACCACCCCCGCUGAGCUGGACGCCAUGGUGGCGGAGACGGGCUUCAAGUCGAUGGACGCCCUGAUCGACGCGACCGUGCCGGUCCCCAUCCGCCGCUCGGACGGCAUGGGCAUGGGCAAGUACACCGAGGGCAUGAAGGAGAGCGAGUUCCUCGAAUACUUCAAGGAGAUGGCCGGCAAGAACAAGCUGUACAAGAGCUUCAUCGGCAUGGGUUACUACGGCACGCACAUCCCCCCGGUGAUCCUGCGCAACGUGCUGGAGAACCCAGGCUGGUACACGCAGUACACGCCCUACCAGGCUGAGAUUGCGCAGGGCCGCCUGGAGAGCCUCCUCAACUUCCAGACCAUGAUCUGCGAGUUGACCGGCAUGCAGAUCUCCAACGCGUCGCUGCUGGAUGAGGCCACCGCCGCGGCCGAGGCGAUGACGCUGUGCUCCGCGGUGGCGCGCGGCAAGAAGCCGCGCUUCCUCGUGUCGCGGGGCUUUGCCAGCACCCCGUAG